AUGGAAUCAUCUUCUAAGCACAUGGUAAGUCUCUUGAAGAUUGAAUCUCCUACGUCCGGAUGGGUGAAACCCUUGAAAGAUUUGCUCAAAACCAUUGAUGGUGUUGCUUUCAAGAUAGACAAACGAAGUAAAACGGUAUACAUAUAUGGGAAAACCAAUCCAGAAAUAAUACUUGAAAAGAUUGCAAAAGCAGGCCAAAAAGCUGAGAUUGUAUGGAGCGAUCACAAACAACGCAAGAAACCUCUAGACAAUCAAAGAGGACAUCCGAUGCAACAAUGCAACAAUUACCAUCAACAGUAUUACAAUGGUCCUCCUCCUCCCUGGAUGUAUCAACAACCUCCACCGUAUCAAAGUUAUGCUCUUCCACCUCCAUAUCCACUUCAACUUAAUCCCCCGCCGCCACUACCAGUACCAAGUGGUCCCCAGCCAAAGGAGCCUGCAGCUAAGAGUUUCCCGCCUACGCCACCUCCGCCUAAGAACUUUACUAUGGGUGAUUUACAUCCAGGAUGUGGGAUCAUGUGAAGCGUAAUGGUUUUUUUUUGUUUAUCAUUCAUAAUCUAAUUAGUCAAAAGAAUCAUAAUGAGUUUUUUUUAUCAUUCAUGAAUUUUUUGUGUUCUUUUUAAUAUAUACAAAUCUUGUGUUGAUUGCUUAAAUAUACUGCCAGAUAUAAUGGUCAAGUUUCUUGAGAUUCCAUCGUGUAACCUGCAACUUCAGUAGAUAAGAUUCCAUUGUUUGGGUGUUAUAAAUAGAGAGCCUUUAUAAUUUUUUAGUUUCAUCCUGUAAGAAUAGUUUCAAUGAUAUUAUUUUGU